AUGGCUUCCUUCUUCGGUCUAGACCUCACCAAGAACCUCUCCUACUACACGGUUCCCGUGGCCUUGGCCGCCGCCAUGCUCCCUCACGUCGUCGCCGUCACCGGUUCCAAGGGCGUCUUUGACAACGCCAAUCCCCGCACCCUGAAGGAGAAUCUCGAAAAGACCGAUGCCCUCGACAAGGAGACCAAGCAGCGCAUCGCCCGCGCCAAGGCCGCUUCCGACAAUGGCUUCGAGACCAUCGGCCUCUACGCCGCCGCCGUCGUCGCCGCCAACGUCACCGGUGUCGACACCGCUCUCCUGAACCGUCUGACCAUUGGCUACGUCGUCAGCCGCUUCGCCUUCGUCUUCGUCUACGUCCAGCUCGGCUCCAACCGCAAGACCGCGCCCGUCCGCAGCCUCACCUGGAUGGCCGGCAUCGCUUCCAUCGUCACGCUCUUCAUCAAGGCCGGCAACAAGGUCGCCAUCUAA